CAAAUAUAUGAAUCUCCAAGAAUUGAUUCCUUGGAAAGAUUAUUAAAAUAAAAUAUAAUGAAAAUUCUUAAUAUUUGGCAAAUUGAAGUGGAAGCUUUUAACUUGAUGGUUUUAAGUUAAUUUGAUUUCAAAAUAUAUGAAUUUUUAAAUAUUGAUUUUUUUAGGAAGAUUAUUAAAAUAAUUUAUAACGAAAGUUCUUAUUUUAUAAUAUAAAGUAUUAGGCAGAUCGAAGUGAGAACUUUUAACUUGGUGUUAAUUUCAAAUACUAUAUAGAUUUUGAAAAAUGGAUUUUUUUUGAAAAAUUAUCAAAAUAAUUUGUAAUGAAAGUUGUUAUUGGUUAUCUAUUAAACGUCUUUGUUUGAAGCAUAAUUAUUUAGCUAGCCAAGAAGAUUGAAACAAAUUAUGAAAUUCGACAUGCAAAAUCACCAUGGUAGAUUAUUUUGAGUGCUCACAUUGUAUGAAAUUAAAUGAAGCUUCAAUAAUAUUGACUUGAUGAGAUUGCAUUGUUAUCAUAUUUGUAGUGUGCAUUUUUUUAAAUGUUAAAUAAACAUGUUGGCACAAAAAUAUUUUCUCUUAUUCACUCUAAUAAUUACAUUUAACUUUUAAUAUUGUUUAUGAAAAACUCUUACUGUCUCUUUUUUUUUUAUCUUUCACUUUGAGUUUUUCACACAUAUUAAAGAAGAUAGAAUCUUUAGAUUGUAGUGGGUAUUAUUUUAAUUAAAUACUUCCUCCGUUUCAUAAUACUUGCUACAUUUUCUAUUUUUGGCAAUUUCAUAUUACUUGCUACAUUUCCGUUUUUAGUAAUAAAACAAUCAUUUAAAGUUCUAUCUACCCCUAUUUUUAUCCUACUUUAUACUCUAUACUCUAUAAUAAAAUAUAUACUAUACUCUAUAAAGUAAUCUAAAGUAAUGAUUGUAUUGAAAGUAUGAGAGAGAAAAUAAUUAUAAAUAAAAGAAAAAUGGUACAUUAAAAAAAAAGGGGCGGUUUUAAGGGGUAAAAGUGGGAUAAAAACUUUUUAAAAAUAGAAUGUAUUCUAAAGUGGAAGAACUUUUGAAACUACUCGUUAUAGUAAUGUGGAAGAUCAAAAAAGAACGGAGGGUGUAAUAUUUAUUUUAUUCUUAAUUUAUACAGUAUAACAUAGUCAAGGGAGAUUUUGUUUAAUUUGUUUCAAUACAAAGAUCAUUAAUAUCAACUUUGUACAAUUUAAUCAUGCACAAUUAGAAAUAUUAAUAAUAGAAUUAUUACAUUGGUCAAUAAGUCCAAUUAAAUAGGACAAUUAAGGUGAAUAAGUUGGAUUGGAGUAUUACAAUAAGUAUAAACACAAUGCUCUUUGUAUCUUCAUGAAUUUGUCAUAAAUAAUAAAAUAAAGAAAACUAUAUUUUCAUCGCGCUCUAUAUCUUAAUGAAUUUAUCAUCAAUAAUAAAUAAAAUAAAAGAAAACUAUACUUUCAUCAGUAAACUCAGAAAAAUAAAUGACGUAUAGGAGAAAGCAACAUUGAAUAUUUAAUUUUUUAAUAAACACAUAACCUAAUUUUGCUAGUAAUUUAGAGGGAUCAAGUAGUAUUUUCUCGUGCUUUCAUAAAAAAGAAGUAUUUUCUUGUUUUUUUACUUACAUCCAAAAAUUUUAAAUGCAUUUAUCAGACUAUUUAUAAGUAAAAUUAUACACAACUAAAAAUUAUAUAAAAAUUUAAUGUUAUAAAAAUAUACAAUAACACGAAUAAACAAGUAUGCACAAAACCAUGCUUUUUAAUUGCAAUACGUGAAAUCUCAUAGGAUAAUGAAUAAUAGAAGUAUAAACUAAAACUUUAUCACAAAUUCUUACGAGAGACAGUUUCUAGAGAGACAAUUUUUAUUUGGGCUUGCCUAAAAUAGAUAAUAUAGGGUAAGUUUCUCAUAGGCAUUAAGAAUAUUGCAAGUACUUAAGUACUUACUCGGUGGGUAUUAAAUAUAUUGUAAGUAGAUAUUAAGGAUAAUAUAAGUGGACAUUAAAAAUACAGUAAGUAAACAUUAAAAUUUAAUGGAUUAAGCCUCAGGAGACCAGCUACUUAAUUUGGGUAUACAACUAAAAAAAGAACUACUCAACCAUAUCUCAAAAUAAAAAGCUUAUAUUCUUAUUUUUUUUCUUUAAUUUAUAUUAAUUAAACUAUUUAGAUGAUAUUUAAAAGUGUAAAAACAAUCUAUUUGACAUGAAGUUUGGUGAGCCCACAAAUCAAAUCUAUUUGAACAACUUUCAGUCUUUCACAGUUUCACCCAUCAAUUCAGAAACCAGAAAUAAACGGUGGAAAAUGAUCAAACAUCGAGUAUGCAAACGAAAACUGAACAAAAACUUUCCAACAAACGGCUCAAAUUCCAAGGCCGUGACUUAUAAUUCCACCCAGGAAGAGAAUUGAAGAAUGCAAUGGCUUUACUAAUACCCAAAUUUAGCCUGUCUACUUAUCUUGAUAUUUUUCCAUUUCUUACUAGUUUUUACAAAAACCAAUGAAAAAGAAUCACUGAAUUUCAUUAAAAAUUAUUUUUGCUGAUUUCAAAAACCAAAUGUGACACUAAUCAGAGGGAGAUUUUGGAUUCUCGAAUGCAAAGAAGAAACAUUGGGAAUUGAGAGUGAGUUUCUGAUAGAAAGCAAGAAAAUAGCAGCCAUGGAUGUUCCUUUACAAACUCAAAGAUCAUCUUUCUUGUGUAGACAAGGUUUUAGACAAAAUGCCCAUUCGAAUUUCAGAUCAUUUUCUGGGGUUUUCCCUUUUAAUCCAUCCAGUAGAUCCUCUCAAUUUUAUUCUUACAACAUAGAGUAUUCAAGAAAUGGGUUUUUCCGUCCAUGUUCUGCCACCGGAGAUUUUUCCAAGAAGAAACAAAAAGCAUUGUCAACAUCAAGGUCCAAAAGCCCUACUCCAAAAGAAUUGGCCUCAAAGGUUCCUGUUGGAACUAGCUCACAGAAGAGAAAUGAAAGGAAUGAAGAAGACGGCAGCAAUUUAGUUUCUUCAUCUCCGGAGAAUAGUAGGAGAGAAUUCGAAAUAAAUUCUAAUAGUGGUGAGGAAAGUGAGAACUUAGAAGUUCCUCUAGUAAAUCGAAUCGAGCAAGGAGAGGAUGCAACUAAUGGGAAAAUUGGAAAUUCGCUGAAAGAUAUCGAUAGUGCUAGUAAGUCGAUAGGGAAAGGGAUAAGCAGUGAUGCUGCGUUGAUUGAUGAGACGGAAAUUGAGUUUGAGCUUGAGCAUUCAGACGAUGAUCACAAAAUUACCGUUGAAAAUCAAGUAUUGGAAUCUGAAAUAAAGUUUGCAAGAACUAUAAUCACUGAUGAGGAAGAAAAUGAAGAAUUAAAGGUAAUUGAGGAUUUGGCUUCAAAAAAACAGCUAAGCAAUGAAGACAAUUAUGGGGCUGAUGCGAAAAUCUUGGUAUUGGAAAAAAUGGUUUCCGAUAUAAUCCCUUAUGAGGAAAAUGUAAGGGAUAUAUCUUUAGUGAGCUACAAAACCGUCGAGUCUGACAAGAAUGUUUCUGAAAAUGAAGUGCUGGGACCCGAAACUGACCCUGAUGAUGAGACGAAAGUUGAUAUUUUGGAUAAUAAGUUAGGUGAUGAUGAUAAUGUUGUGGAAACUGAGGUCUUACGCUCUGACAUGAGCGGUACAAUAUCCACUUAUGAGAAGGAAUUGGAAGAGUCAUUGCGAAAAUUGGAGUUGAAGAGGGAAACACCUGCACGAAAACAAGUGAUGGAGGAAAUGGCUGUGGAGAAUUUCUCUAGUGGCAACAAAAUCUUUAUAUAUCCGGUGUCAGCAAAACCUGAUCAGGAAAUAGAGCUUUUCCUUAAUCGAAGCCUUUCAGAUCUUAAAGAUGAACCGGAUGUGCUGGUCAUUGGCGCAUUUAAUGACUGGCGCUGGAAAUCGUUUACCACCAAACUUCAAAAGACCCAUCUCAAAGGAGAUUGGUGGUCCUGCCAGAUUCGUGUUCCAAAGGAAGCAUAUAUGAUAGAUUUUAUAUUCUUUAAUGGGAAAGAUAUUUAUGACAAUAAUGGGAAGAAGGAUUUCCACAUAGUUGUGGAAGGGGGUAUGGAUUUGUCUACUUUUGAAGUUUUUUUGCUCGAGGAGAAACGUAGAGAACAAGAAAAGCUGGCAAAAAUAGAAACUGAGAGACAGAGACAUGAUGAGGAGCAAAGGCAAAGGGAGAAAGAGAGAGUUGCGAGUGAAUCUGAUCGAGCGCGAGCAAAGGAAGAAGUGGAGAAAAGGAGACGAAAACUGAGAGAUUUGGUGAAUAAAGCUGUUUCAUCUCUGGAAAACGUUUGGUACUUCGAACCUCAUGAGUUUAAAGAUGGUGAUUUGGUGUGUUUGUAUUAUAACAAGAGCUCUGGUCCACUCGUUCAUGCGAAGGGCGUUUGGAUUCAUGGGGGUCAUAAUAGUUGGAGUUAUGGGCUCUCGGUUGUUACCCCACUAGUAAAAUCCGAGGAGAAAGGUGGUGACUGGUGGUAUGCUGAAGUUACUGUUCCUGAUCAAGCGGUUGUCUUGGACUGGGUUUUUGCUGAUGGGCCACCAAAGAAUGCUUCCAUUUAUGAUAAUAAUAAGCGAAGAGAUUUCCACGCUAUUGUUCCCAUGGCUGUGCCUGAUGAACACUAUUGGGUUGAGGAAGAACUCCGUAUUUACCAUAAACUUCAGGAGGAAAGGAGAUUAAAAGAGGAGGCCGUACGUGUCAAGGCCGAGAAAAUAGCUUGCAUGAAAGCUGAAACUAAAGAAAAAACAUUGAAGAGAUUCUUGUUGUCUCAGAGGCACAUUGUUUACACCGAUCCUGUGGAUGUACAAGCAGGACAAGAUGUCACCAUAUAUUACAAUCCGUCGAACACCAUUUUGCAUGGGAAAGCAGAAGUUUGGUUUAUAGGUUCCUUUAAUCAAUGGACCCAUCGCCGAGGCUUGUUAACUCAGAAAAUGUUAUCUGCUGAAAAUGGCUGUCAUGUCAAAGCAACUGUCAAGAUACCAUUGGAUGCAUACACGAUGGAUUUUAUUUUCUCUGAGCAGGAAGAUGGUGGAGUUUUCGACAAUAAAAAUGGUAUGGAUUACCAUGUACCUGUCUUUGGUGGUAUAGCCAAAGAGCCCCCUUUGCAUAUCGUCCAUAUAUCCGUUGAAAUGGCACCUAUUGCUAAGGUGGGUGGCCUUGGAGAUGUUGUGACUAGCUUGUCACGUGCUGUUCAAGAUUUAAACCAUCAUGUUGAUGUAAUUCUUCCAAAGUAUGGUUGCUUGAACCUUAACCAUGUGAAAGACUUCCGUUACACCAAGAGCUAUUCAUGGGGUGGUACCGAGAUAAAAGUUUGGUUUGGGAAGGUUGAAGGCCUUUCUGUCCACUUUUUGGAGCCUCUAAAUGGAUUAUUCCGCACCGGUUCUGUCUAUAUUGGCAGAAAUGAUGGUGAGCGGUUUGGCUUCUUUUGCCACGCUGCACUUGAAUAUCUCCUCCAAAGUGGAUUUCAUCCUGAUAUAAUUCAUUGCCAUGAUUGGUCAAGUGCUCCAGUGGCAUGGCUUUACAAAGAGCAUUACGGGCAGUAUGGUCUUACUAAUGCUCGUGUUGUCUUCACUAUCCAUAAUCUUGAGUUUGGUGCAUAUUUCAUUGGAAAAGCGAUGGCAUUUGCGGACAAGGCUACAACUGUUUCCUAUACCUAUUUAAAGGAGGUUGCUAGUAAUUCUGCAAUAGCUCCUCACCUGUACAAAUUUCACGGUAUAUUAAAUGGAAUUGAUCCAGACAUAUGGGAUCCGUUUAACGAUAAGUUCAUUCCAGUACCCUAUACAUCGAAAAAUGUCAUAGAAGGCAAAAGAGCGGCCAAGGAAGCCUUACAACAAAGGCUUAGCAUAAAGAAAGGUGAUUUUCCGAUAGUCGGAAUAAUUACUCGCUUAACUCAUCAAAAAGGCAUCCAUCUCAUCAAGCAUGCUGUUUGGCGCACUAUAGAGCGUGGUGGCCAGGUUGUGUUACUGGGUUCCGCUCCAGAUCCACGCAUACAGCAAGAAUUUGUUGAUGUAGCAAAUCAAUUGCAUAAUUUGCAUCACGACCGUGCUCGCUUUUGCUUGACUUAUGAUGAACCUCUUUCACACUUGAUUUAUGCAGGCUCCGAUUUGAUUCUUGUCCCCUCGAUAUUCGAGCCGUGUGGUCUUACGCAACUUGUUGCUAUGAGAUACGGUUCAAUACCAGUUGUUCGUAAAACGGGAGGACUUUACGAUACUGUAUUUGACAUUGAUCAUGAUGUCGAGAGAGCAACAGCACAAGGUUUGGAACCCAAUGGAUUCAAUUUUGAAGGCGCUGAUCCUGCUGGUAUUGACUACGCUCUCGAUAGGGCUAUAUCGUCUUGGUAUGACGGAAAGGACUGGUUCAACGCAUUACAGAAGCGUGUGAUGGAGCAAGACUGGUCUUGGAAUCGGCCAGCGCUCGAGUAUAUAGAGCUUUAUCAUGCAGCACGAAAGUGCUGAGGAGCUCGCAGUCUUUAAGAAGAAGGCGAUUAGAACACACAUUUCUACAGGUUGUACAGGUUUUAAGUUUUUGUGUUCGGCAUAUUCCAUGAUAUCAUAGUCAUAGUAAUGUGAAGUAGUAGAAAUUUAGGCAUACACUUAAGCAUAUCAUAAAUGGAGCGGUUCAUGAUUAUUAAAUAAAAUAAUUUAUCAAAUAAAAUGAUUUUUUUUUUUGUGUCUAAAGGUGUGCCCGACUAAUAUAAAAGUAAUUAUUAACAUAUGAGCUUCUUAUUUUGAGAUCGUCUCCUCAAUAGAUUAUCUCACACAAGUAACUCUAAGUUUUUUUUUAAAUAUAAGAUAGGCAGAGGGAAAAUUGUAUAUACACCAAUUGAAAUAAGAUUUAAUGCUCUACUUCUAUAAGUUAUGAACUUAAUUUUUUUCAAAUUCAAUUCAUUUGAAUUCAUAUUUCCUAAAUUAUGAAAAUAAGGUGAAAGAGCAAACAAAGGGCCCUAACCCCUAAGUAAUGGUUUUUUUAGUAAAAAUUAAUCAAUUAAACACCUUUUCUUUAAAUUAAAAAACCCAUGAUUAUUGUGAAUCAUAUCACCCAUACCAAGUGAAUUGGUAAGAAAUAAAGAAAACCAUUCUUUUGCAAUCAAAUACAUUUAACCAAGGAGUUAUAUUAAUCAACUAGUAGUAGUUAGGACCCUAAUACAUUAGAUUAAUGAAUGGUUGUAAUUAGAAGCUUUUAAGGUUAAAAUGAUUUGAAGGAUUAAUUUAUAAAGACAAAGCAUUAUCAUUAUGAUAGAAAUGUAUUUUAUGAUUGCAAUUUAUGAUACGUGGGGUUUCUUAUGUUGUGUGCAAGGUGAUAUAAGAGCCAUAUAAUAUGCUUUGAUCCUUUUAUUUAGUAGAUUAGAUUGGUCAUGAAAUGACCAGCAGCAUCUUGAUGAGGAUAAUGGUUGUAGUAGUAGUUUUGAGUGACCCAUUCAGGUGGGUUUUUGACUAGGAUGAAAUAGAUGUAUUAUUUAUUAUAUCAACAUGAGAUUGACGCAGUACCUGAUAAGAUUAAAAAUUAAAUUAAAUAUUUUUUUUAAAAAAAACAAAUUAAAUAAAAAUAUAAACUACUCUCAGUGAAAUAGACUGUUUAACUCAUAUAUAAAAUGCGUUUUUUAAUAAGACCGUCUCAUAUAACAAUUUACUAAAAAUGUUGGCAUAGUGAGGGGAACACUAACACAACUACAUUCAUGUUAUAGUGGAGAAUAUUUUCCAUUUACUCUUUGAAGACCCACAACAACUUAUAGCAAAUAGGUGUUCAUUGGAUCACUUUUAUGUUAAAGUAUGCC